CACCAACACCACCACCACCAUCACCACCACCCAACCGGUUUAAGACCUCACCAACGAGUCAAUCAUCUGCCCACGAGUUAACUCAUUCAGUCUCGAACCGAGUCAACGAUUCCCACAUCGUGUGAGAGCGUGUGUGCGUGUGUGUGUGUCCAAGUGUGUGUGCGUGUGUGUGUGCAAGUGUGGUGUGGUGGUGGUGGUGUUGACUGUGCGAUUUAAGUGGCAAGACGAACGCCUUCAAAGAGCCGGAGAAGUGCAGUCAGAGGCCAUCGCUCAGCCUCCAGAGAGGAGGAGGAGGAGGACGAGGACGAGGAGGAGGCGCGUGAUGAGUUGGCGAAUUCGUCUUCUUCUGCUGCUGCUGUUGCUGCUGACAUAAGUUUACAGUGUGUGUAUGUCACUGUGUGUGUCGAGAUCGCCGCCAUGUGGGGUCACGUGGUACUACGCCGCCUGCACGCGCUCCGCCGCCCCCUGCUGCUGAUGGCGCCUCCACUCCUGGCGCUGCCUCUACCAAUCAUCGUGCCGGGACUGGAGUCCCGGUGCGCUUACACGGUGAUCGUCAUGGCCGUGUUCUGGACGUGCGAGACGCUGCCGCUGUCCGUCACGGCCCUGCUGCCCGCCCUCAUGUUCCCCCUGCUGGGGGUCAUGCAGUCGUCGGACGUGUGUAUGCAGUACCUGAGAGACACGGUGAUGUUGUUUGUGGGAGGCUUGAUGGUCGCCAUCGCCGUCCAGGAUUGCGGCCUGCACCGACGCCUCGCCCUGAGAGUCCUCCUAGCCGUGGGGGUGAAGCCGGCCAGGUUGAUGAUGGGUUUCAUGCUGGCCACCGCCUUCCUAUCGAUGUGGAUCAACAACACCGCCACCACCGCCAUGAUGAUGCCAAUCAGCGAGGCCGUGUUGCAGCAGCUUCAUCACACCUCAGCGUCUCAGCCAAGCGGCGAGGAGGUGGUGGAGGAGGUGGUGGAGGAGGUGGUGGUGGAGGUGGAGGACGAGGUGGACGAGGUGGACGAAGAGGCAUCUCGGAUCAGGAAGGCGAUGUCGCUCUGUGUCUGCUACUCCGCGAGCAUCGGUGGCACCGCCACGCUCACGGGCACGGGGCCAAACCUCGUCCUGUCUGGGCAGAUGGAGGAGCUCUUCCCAGGCAAUGGUGGAGUGGUGAGCUUUGCCGCUUGGAUGGGAUUCUCUCUGCCCGUCACGGUGAUCAUGCUCAGUGCAGCCUGGCUGUGGCUCCAUUCACUCUUCCUGGGAACAGAUUUCUGCUCGUCGCUCGGAUGCCGGAAGAGGAAUAAGAGUGGGAGAAGGAAGGCGACGUUGAGUGGCCGGACGCAGGAUCAGCAGCAGCAGGAUCAGCAGCAGCAGCAGGAGGAGGAGGAGGAUGAUGAGGAGGCGGGGGCGGCUCGGGAGAAUCAUAAUCAUCGUCGUCAUCGUCAUCAUCACGGCCACGAUGUGGACGCGGAGGGAGAGAAUCGGAACCACGAGGAGGACGAGGAGGCGGAUGAGGCGGCGGAUGAGGAGGCGGAUGAGGCGGAGGCUCGGGCCGAGGAAGGGGAGAGGGCAGCGAAGGCCCUGCUGUACCAGGAGUACUCGAGGCUCGGAGCGGUGAGCUGGGCCGAGGCGUGCGUGGCGGUUCACUUUGCGCUGCUCGCCGCCCUGUGGCUCACGCGGGAACCGGGAUUCAUCACGGGCUGGGCCCAGGCACUCCUGAAGGCCAAGAGCAGCUUCGUGUCUGACGCCACGGCGGCCAUCUUGGUGUCGCUGUCCCUCUUUGUGGUACCGGCGAGACCGCCGCAGCUCCUGCAGAGCAGCAGCAGCAGCAGAAGGCUUUGGUCAGGGCAGACCACAGCACCACGGGGAGACGGUCCCAGCAGGUGUCUGCUGGAGUGGGACUCUGUACAACGCUCCAUGCCCUGGAACAUUGUGCUGCUGCUCGGAGGAGGAUUCGCACUCGCCAAGGGAUGCGAGGUGUCUGGGCUGUCCUUGUGGCUGUCCGAGCAGCUUUACCCUCUCCGGAGCAUCUCUCCCUGGGCCAUCUCGGUGAUCAUUUGCCUGCUCAUCGCCACCCUCACUGAGUGCAUGAGCAACACCACCACGGCCACGCUCUUCCUGCCCAUCCUCGCCUCCAUGGCGAAGGCGAUGGGUAUCCACCCUCUGUACCUGAUGGCUCCCUGCACGCUCUGCACCUCCUUUGCCUUCAUGCUGCCGGUGGCCACUCCACCCAACGCCAUCGUCUUCUCCUACGGGCACCUCCACGUCGUGGACAUGAUCAAGAGCGGCUUGGGAGUGAAUCUGAUUGGCGUAGCGACCGUGACGUUGGCCAUCAACACGUGGGGCAGAGCAAUGUUCAGCCUGGACACCUUUCCUAGCUGGGCUAACCACACUGGCUGAUGGGACUCCAUCACCACCAUCACCAUAACCACCAUCACCACCAUCACCAUCACUACCAUCACCACCAUCAUCAUCACUACCAUCACCAC